AUGAGAUUCUUUGAUAUGACUAAAUUGAAAAAAAAAACUAAUCUUCAUCAUAUUCAAUAUAAACAAUUAUUUAAUUAUACACAUUUUCGUUUACUUGAUCAAAUAUUUGCUGGAAAAAUACGUAUUUUACAUUGGUUUUCAAUGAAUUGUCAUUUAGGAGAUAAAGAAAAAUGGAAAAAAUCAAAGACUUUUACUUGUAUACCUCAAGGAAUUAGUCAAUGGUUAGAUCAACAUUCAAUUGAUCAAUGGAGAUAUUAUUUACAUAUAGCAAGAAGUAAAUAUGUUUUAUCACCACCAGGGAAUGGAAUGGAUUGUUAUCGUACUUGGGAAGCACUUUAUAUUGGUUCAAUACCAACCGUUAUGAAUACAUCUAUAAAUUCGAUUUUUCAACAACUUCCUGUACUGAUUAUUAAUAAUUAUGAAGAUCUGACUUUUCGAUUAUUAAAAGAUUUUUAUAAUACUACGAUAUAUCAAAAGUAUGAUCAUAGACGUUUGUAUAUAAGAUAUUGGCAAAAUCAAAUAAAUUCUUUUCGAAAUUCUUCACAACCAAUACGAAUUCAUUAUACUUCUUUGAAAGAUUAA